AUGGCCAUCGUUUGCUAUGUCGUUCUCCUGGCUGUAUUCAUAGCCAUUGCCAUGAUCGUUUACACUUUGGUAAUGUUCGGAUGGUGCAGUUUCAGUUCCGGGCUGCUUCAUCCAAGAACCUCAGGUUCAGCCACGGCGGAAGGGGAGGAUCAGAGGAGCCAGGGCUUUCAGAGCCCGUAUGUGUCUUCUUUAUUCAGGUACAAAAAAGGGAAUCUUCAGAGUAAUCCUGAAGCCGCAGGGUCGAAAGAAGCGGCUGAAGAUGAAUGUGUUGUGUGCUUGACAGAUAGUUAUAUACCUGCUUAUCACCUCCCCUAUGGAAAGACAUAUUUGCCUCUUCAUCCAACAGGGAGAUAUUCUGAUGGCUGUUUGGCUCCUGAUUUUAUUGCAUCGAAGUUGAACUUACCUUUCAUGCCACCAAUUCUAAAACCUGGAGCGAAUUUCACCCAUGGCGCAAAUUCUGCUUCCGCUGGAGUAGGUGCUAGCAUUGCUCUCUCAAAUGCGAUAAUCUUUGGAAAACAGGUGCAACUGUUCAAGGAACUAGCAGCAAACUGGACAGAAGAACUUGGAGCAGAGGAAACCAAGAGGAGAAUUGGAAGUGCGGUUUAUUUGAUUUCAAUUGGUGGCAUCGAUUUCCUCGAACAUUCCAUUUCAAACUCUAAUGAUACUAUACCAGAACAAGAAGAAUAUGUUGACAAAGUAAUUGAAACCAUCUUCAAGGAUGUAAAGGAUCAAAGAUCCCACAACAUACGGGUUUUUGAUGUUACAAAUGAAGGGUUCAAGUAUGGGGAUGAGGCAUCCUGUGGAGGGGGAUCUCAUCGUGGAAGUGGGUGUGGAUUAUUAAACCAAACUUAUGAACUGUGCUUUAACCCCAGCGAAUAUCUGUACUUCGAUGGUGGCCAUAAUACUGAAGCAGUCUACUCUCUACUGGCUGAGAUUAUGUGGAGUGGAGGAGCAGAGGUUCUUCAUUUGCCCCUCUCCGAUUUAUUUGAAUAUGAAGUUGAAAUCCAAGCCAAAACUGCGUAUAUGCGCAAAUUGCAGCUAAAUAUUUAUAUACGAAAAUAA